AUGAUUAUUGUUUCGUAUAAUAUAAGAGGAGGUGGGAGUAGGUUGAAGAGGAAGCGUAUCGGUUAUAUGAUCCAGAAAGAAGGGGUAGACGUUUGUUUUAUUCAGGAGUCUAAGCUAAGGAUGGUGGAGGUUGGAGUGGUGAAGGAAUUUUGGGGGAAUGAUUCUGUGGAGUGGUAUUCGAUGGAUGUCGUAGGUGCAUCGGGGGGUAUGUUGAUCUUGUGGAGGAAGGAUUUGUUCACCCCUGUUUUCAGCUUCAGGGGCCUGGGCUUUAUUGGCUUGUGUGUCUCUAUGAAUGGAAGUACAAUCUUUUUCAUUAAUGUUUAUGCUCCGUGCGAUCUAGCUGCAAGGAGAAGGUCUUGGGAUCAGCUGUUAGAAUUAAAAAAGGCGCAUCCGGGUGGUAAUUGGUGUGUGGGAGGAUAUUUCAACUCCAUAGCUCAUGAGGAAGAAAGAAGAGGUAUCUCUAAUAGGUCCUUUGUUAACGAAGUGAAUUAUUUCAAGGGCUUCAUCGAGGAGUUGGAUCUGGUGGAUCCCCCGGUUGUGGGGGGAAAAUUCACUUGGCAAAACAGUAGCGGGAAGGCAAUGAGCAAAAUAGAUAGGUUUUUGAUUUCCGAGAGCUUGUUGGUCGAGUGGAAUGUGGGUGCCCAAGAGAUAGGAGGUCGUGAUUUGUCGGAUCAUGCUCCUAUUUGGAUCAAAGAUAACAAAAAAAAACUGGGGACCAAAACCGUUCAAAUUCAACAAUAUUUGGUUGAAGCACAAAGAGUUCAUCCCUUUUGUAGAGAAGGAGUGGCAGUUGAUUAA